AGCUCUCUGGCAGAAGUUCACUUUUAACACAACAGCAACACAAAGAGAGAAGUAUUGACGCAGAGCUGGAAGCACCUGAAGACUCAGACACAGUCCAGGGUUGAGUUUGUCCAUUUUCUUCUACUCGUAGUAACUGUGCACAGUAUGGUGGCCUACACAACAGCACCAGGUGACGUGGAGAUGGGCUUUGACCAGAGGAUGGUGGUGUUGGUGGAAAAGAAGUCCUCCACAGGGCCCAUGUGGAAGGUGGCCGUGGCCCUUUUCAUCGUGGCCCUUUGCCUGGGGGGAGUCCUGCUGCUGGCUUGGUACUGGACUGGAAAGACCGACUUAAUGACACAAUCAGGCCACACAGAAGCUCUAAUCAAGAAUGACACUGCUGAGAAAACAGAUCCCCACACCACGUUGAGGCAGAUCAGCAGCAAAGCCAAGGCAGCCAUCCAUUUAGAAGGGAGCUGCGAAGAAGACAGCGAGGGGUUGCAAGGCCAGCUGGAGUGGAGAAGCGGUCAAGGCCAGGCGUUCGCUCAGGGCGGCUUCCGAGUGGAGAACAACCGGAUCGUCAUCCCACACACCGGCCUCUACUUCGUCUACAGCCAGGCGUCGUUCAGAGUGUCCUGCAGCGAUGGCGAGGAGGAGGAGGCGGGCCGGCGCCACGCGCCUCUCAGCCACAGGAUCUGGCGCUACUCGGACUCCCUCGGCAGGAAAGCCUCGCUGAUGAACGCGGUGAGGUCGGCGUGUCAAAACACUGCCCAGGAGGAGAGCUACCGAGACGGACAGGGCUGGUACAACGCCAUUUACCUGGGCGCAGUGUUUCAGCUGCACAAAGGAGACCAAGUGUGGACGGAAACCAACCAGCUAUCGGAGCUGGAGACCGAGGAUGGCCGGACCUUCUUCGGCGUGUUUGCACUUUGAAACGACUCUUUUAUGCGGUCGUAACAUACACGAUACAAAGCUCUGAAUAGUGCCACGCGUGUUGGCUUCGUGUUUAAACAUUAAGUAUGUUUUCUUAAUUUAUUUUUGUAGUAUUAUUAUUCAUCUCAUGGUGAUGGUAGAAAGGUUUAAAUCUCAAUGGAGAUGAAGCGUGUAGCCAAACAGGCGGAGUUUAAAAAACAAUCCUAUAAACUGUAACAGUUUGCAACA